AUGGUCGCUAGAUUGUUUGCUUCUACUACCAGGACGGCCUUCAAGGCUGCCAAGGCAAUGCUUGCCUUCCAGAGGGGCCUUGCUACUGCUGCUCCAGCUAAGGGUAAAGUCACCUCUGUUAUUGGUGCCGUUGUUGAUGUCAAGUUUCCACCUGGACAGUUGCCACCAAUUUUGAAUGCGUUGCAGAUGGAUAACCAGGGCAACAAGUUGAUUUUGGAAGUUUCCCAGCAUUUGGGAGAAAACUCCGUCAGAACCAUUGCUAUGGAUGGUACCGAAGGUUUGGUCAGAGGCCAGCCAGUUAUUGAUACUGGCGCUCCAAUAUCUGUUCCAGUUGGAAGAGGCACCUUGGGAAGAAUUCUUAAUGUUAUUGGUGACCCUGUGGACAACAGAGGCCCUGUUAAAUGCAAGGAGAGAAAGCCAAUUCAUGCUGAUCCUCCUCCAUUCGUCGAGCAAUCCACCAAGGCAGAAGUUCUUGAGACCGGUAUUAAAGUUGUCGAUCUUUUGGCCCCAUAUGCCAAGGGUGGUAAAAUUGGAUUAUUCGGUGGUGCCGGUGUCGGUAAGACCGUUUUCAUUCAGGAGUUGAUUAACAACGUUGCUAUGGCCCACGGUGGUUUCUCGGUCUUCACCGGUGUUGGCGAGAGAACCAGAGAGGGUAACGAUUUGUACAGAGAGAUGCAAGAGUCAGGUGUUAUCAAACUUGAUGGUGAGUCCAAGGUCGCAUUGGUGUUCGGUCAAAUGAACGAGCCUCCAGGAGCCAGAGCAAGAGUCGCCUUGACUGGUUUGACCAUCGCUGAGUACUUCAGAGAUGAGGAGGGUCAGGAUGUGUUAUUGUUCAUCGACAACAUUUUCAGAUUCACCCAGGCCGGUUCUGAGGUCUCUGCCUUGUUGGGUAGAAUUCCUUCUGCCGUUGGUUAUCAGCCAACCUUGGCAACCGAUAUGGGUUUGUUACAGGAGAGAAUUACCACCACCAAGAAGGGAUCUGUCACAUCUGUCCAGGCCGUUUACGUUCCAGCUGAUGAUUUGACUGAUCCUGCUCCAGCUACCACAUUUGCUCACUUGGAUGCCACUACUGUGUUGUCCAGAGGUAUUUCAGAGUUGGGUAUCUACCCUGCCGUUGAUCCUUUGGACUCCAAGUCCAGAUUGCUAGAUGCUGAUGUUGUUGGACAGGAGCAUUACGAUGUCGCUACCCGUGUUCAGGAGACUUUGCAAGCUUACAAGUCCUUGCAGGAUAUCAUCGCCAUUUUGGGUAUGGAUGAGUUGUCCGAACAGGAUAAGCUUACUGUCGAGAGAGCAAGAAAAAUCCAGAGAUUCUUGUCUCAGCCAUUCCACGUUGCCGAAGUCUUCACCGGUAUGCCAGGUAAGUUGGUCAAGUUGGAGGAUACCGUUGAGUCUUUCAAGGCCGUUCUAGAUGGUAAGUACGACAACCUCCCUGAGAGUGCCUUCUAUAUGGUUGGUGGCAUUGAAGAAGUCAUCAAGAAGGCUGAGAAGAUUGCUGCUGAGGAGAACUGA